GAUCUGAUAUAUAAAUUGGUGGCUACUGUUUAAUUGGCUUUUUAAUAUAAGUCCAUGCACCAGGGUUGCUCACUUCCUUAUAGUUUUCUUGUGACUAAAAUAAAGUAUGCUUUUAAAUUUUAUAUUUCAGUCUCAGAAUUAUUAUACCUUCAUAUCCGUUACAGCCUUGCAAAAUGCAGCAUCAUAUAAGUUAUAGCUCCUUUUUUUUUGUUUUAUUAUUGGCAAAUUACUUCCUGCUCUUCACAUAUAAGACACAACUGAGAUUUUAGAGUCUGCCUUACAGAACCGGCCUGUGCUUUAUAAUGAGAUCUCUGCUUGGAAUUAUCUGUGUCCUGUCGGUGUUUGCAGCAACAGGCUAUUCUCUGAAUUGCAUGAAAUGUCUGUCUACGGAAAUCUGCUACGUUGUGACCUGCCCAUCCAAUCAAGUCUGUGCAUCUCUGCUCAUGAAUGUUUCCAUACCUGAGAACGACAACAGUCAAAUAAUGUUAAGGACUUGUGCACCACUACAAGAGUGUAAUGUUAACGGAACUUUAAGUUUUCCUGAAUCUUCAAAGAUUACAUUUGCCUCAUCCUGCUGCUUCAAGGACUUUUGCACUCCCAUUACACCAAAAUUACCAGAAAACGGGGAAGAAACCAAUGAAGUGACUUGUCCAACUUGCCUCUCAUAUGGUUCUGACAAAUGUGAUGCUCUGGAAAGUGUUCAUUGUACUGGGAAUGAGAAUAUGUGCUAUACAGGAACCACAACAAUUCCAGUAUCUGCAGGCAUAUUAAACUCUGUGGCGGCCCGUGGAUGUGCAACUAAAAGUCUCUGUGAUUUCGCCAAGACCCAAAUGAACAUCCUUAAAACCCUCACUAUCGGUACAAAUAUCCGAUGCACCGGUGGAGCCUUUGACCUUGAUCCUGGAUUCCUUCUCCCAGCAGCCAUUGCUUCUGCACUUAUUCAAUUCAUGUUUUUUUCCAAAUUAAAAUGA